AUGGCAGUCCAGGCGGCGCUCCUCAGCACGCACCCCUUCGUCCCCUUCGGCUUCGGGGGCUCCCCUGACGGGCUGGGAAGCGCCUUCGGAGCCCUGGACAAGGGUUGCUGUUUCGAGGACGAGGAGACCGGGACACCGGCGGGCGCGCUGCUGGCGGGCGCCGAGGGCGGGGACGUGCGCGAGGCCACCCGCGACCUGCUCAGCUUCAUUGACUCGGCGUCCAGCAACAUCAAGCUGGCGUUGGACAAGCCCGGCAAGUCGAAGCGGAAGGUGAACCACCGCAAGUACCUGCAGAAGCAGAUCAAGCGCUGCAGCGGCCUCAUGGGCGCCGCGCCCCCGGGCCCGCCCUCCCCGGGCGCCGCCGACACGCCCGCCAAGCGGCCGCUCGCCGCAGCCAGCGCCCAGACGGUCCCGGUCCAGGCCCACGGCAAGGCGGCCCCUCGGCGGGAGGCGUCGCAGGCCGCGGCGGCCGCCAGCCUCCAAAGCCAGAGCCUGGCCGCGCUCUUCGACUCGCUGAGCCACGUCCCUGGGGCAGCAGAUCCUGCCGGGGUUGCGGAGGCGGCGCCCGCGGCCGGGCUCGUGGGAGCGGGCGCUGGGGGCGUGGGAGGGGACGCGGCCGGCCCUGCAGGGGGUCCGGCCGUCCCCGGCGCCAGGAAGGUCCCACUGCGGGCCCGCAACCUGCCCCCGUCCUUCUUCACCGAGCCGUCCCGGGCGGGCGGCGGCGGGUGCGGCCCGUCGGGGCCCGGCGUGAGCUUGGGCGACCUGGAGAAGGGCGCCGAGGCCGCGGAGUUCUUCGAGAUGCUGGGGCCCGACUACGGCGCCGGCACCGAGGCGGGCGUCUUGCUCGCCGCGGAGCCUCUCGAUGUGCUCCUCACCGGAGCCGCCGUCCUAAGGGGACCCCCGGAGCUGGAGCCCGGCCUCUUUGAGCCGCCACCCGCGAUGGGGGGAAGCCUACUGUACCCCGAGCCCUGGAGCGCCCCGGGCGGCUCCACGACCAAGAAGUCACCCCUGGCUGCCCCCCGCGGUGGCUUGACCUUGAACGAGCCCUUGCGCGCCCUGUACCCAGCCGCCGCGGACUCUCCGGGCGGGGACGACGGGCCCGGCCUUUUGGCCUCUUUCACCCCCUUCUUCUCAGACUGCGCUCUGCCCCCGCCGCCCCCGCCCCCGCAGGUGUCCUACGACUACAGCGCAGGCUACAGCCGCACUGCGUACGCCAGCCUUUGGAGACCGGACGGGAUUUGGGAAGGGGCGCCCGGGGAGGAGGGGGCGCACCGGGACUGACUGCGCGGUACCCUUCUCCCCCAGUGGAGACUGCUGUGGAGGCGGCCGCCUCUGGGUCCCUCCUAAGCCUAGAGAACGGUGGGCAAAUGCACGUGGAGUUGAAACGGGAUUUUAAAAAUUCAGUUAAUAAAAGAAACUUAAGAAAAAGAGAUGAAGAGAAGUUGGGGGUUGUUUUAAUCACAGCCUCGUGUUUAAAAAAAAAAAAAAGCCGUUGGAAGGUUCUUACCGGAUCAGACAAGCCAAGAAAUCAAGACGGGAUUUGGGGAAUGGGGUGGGGAUGUCAGAAGGGGCAGGAGGUGGUUUCUGUAGCCACCUGUCCCUUCUCCAACUUUUCAUCAAAAGGUCAGUGUAUUUAGUGUGCUUGCCCCCUCCAAACAGUGCCCUGGUCCCUCCCCUCCCCUGCCCUUAGAGUGCGUUAUGAAUUAAAGUCUGUAUUGAAAAGAA